AACAAUUUAAAAAAUAUUUAACAGAACAAUGGCUCUUAGAAGCAACGUUCUACUUUUACUUUUAUAAUAAACAAAGUUAAAAUUUGCACCUCUACAUCUGUGUCUGCUUCUAAGAGCCAUUGUUCUGUUAAAUAUUUUUUGUAUUUUUUACAUCACGGUUGUGUUCCACCUUCCAACAAAUCUCAGCUUACUCGACAGGUUCUAAUCCAUAGGAAUCUAGUGCAUCUCCUAUUGUUUUCUAUUUCUACACGAAUUUAUCUGUUUUAUAUAUAUAUAUAUAUGACUUAUACGGUACUGAAAGUGCAAUUUAUCUUUUGGUUUCUGAUCAUUUACCAGAUAAGUAAAUUUUACCGACACGUGGAACAACGCAAAUCGGAGUUUUAAUCAUUAAAUAGAUAUUAUCCGAUAUCUUAUUUGAAGAUGGAACACAACCGGUUCUACAAGUUUUUUUUUAACGUAUUAGCAUCUAUGUUUUUAGUUUCGUGUAACUUGUGUUUCUCUUAAUUGAUUGGACAUCAAAGAAAUCUUUAGUUGAUAAUAUAAUGAAAAGAUUUCUAAUCCUUAAUUAUAAUGUUAUUUCUUCUGAAGAUACCUACACGUUACGCGCGCGAGAUAAGUGCACUUGCAAACGCGCGCGUCGAUGCGCAAUUUUCGCACUUUUUGCGCAUGCGAUCCCGAAUGAACGACUUGUGCCGUUCGUGCCUGUUCGCGGUUCGAAUUUUGAGUCGAGAUUCACAAUCAAAGAACAACAAUAGCAAGUGUUCGCGACUUUUAUAUAAAAAAUAUUGUAGCUGAGAUGAAAGAUAUGGAGAUAAUAGCGCAAGGUGCGGAGGCGCGUCUGUACAAAACAAUUUACUUGGGGAAGGCGACCCUGGUGAAGGAAAGAUUCGUGAAGAAUUACCGCCAUCCGGAUCUGGACGCUCGCCUCACCAAGGAUCGCAUCAAAGCCGAGGCCCGCGCCAUUAUUCGAGCGAAAUCCGCAGGAAUAGCGACGCCAGCCUUGUAUCUCGUAGACUUGGAGCGACGCAGUAUCUAUAUGCAAUACGUGGAAAACGCCAUGGUGCUGAAAGAUUUCAUCGACAAGAGUAUCUCGGAAAAGACGGACACACUUGAUCUGUUGGAAUUCAUAGGGUGCGGAUUGGGCUCGCUCGUAGCUAAACUGCACUCGCGGAACAUUAUCCACGGUGAUCUUACCACGUCGAAUGUACUGAUCAAGAAUGACUGGAAGAUACUGCCUUGUAACGACCAUAGCGAAGCCGCAAACCAAUUCGUAAUGAUCGACUUCGGUCUGGCCCGAGUGGAUUCCACAGUGGAGGACAAAGCGGUCGAUCUGUACGUGCUCGAGCGAUCGUUGCUCAGCGCGCAUUCCGAAGCGCCAAGAUUGUUUCACCAUAUCUUUGAUCAUUAUCAACGUCAUUAUCAGAGCAAAAGUCAGUGUGAACAAGUGGUCGCGAAGUACAGGCAGGUGCAGGCACGAGGACGAAAGCGUUUGAUGAUUGGUUAGAAGUAACGAAGAUAUAAAUUUACUUCGUCAUUAUAGUUUAUAAAGAGUACGCAAUAUUUUUGUAUAAAUGUAUUUUACAUGCAGUCGGAAAUGCUUUGCAUUUUGAAUUGCAAAUAACCCUUUGUAUAAUUGUCGAUUGAAAACAGAAUUGCAUAUGCAUGUAAAACUUCGUGUUGAUGAUUAGUUAGGAUUGAAAUACACAGCUUGAGAAGGUAAGAAGAUCUUUAUGGAUACAUCAUAUUGUAUAUAACAAUAUAUAAGAAUCAAUGACGAUAACAUUGUGUGAUUACCUAUUGCAUGGGACUGAUAUGGAAGGAGACUGGAUACCUAUUGCACAUAUGUAUGAUACAUUUGGCAGCAGCAACAAUUCAUGUGUGAAAAGCUGUUGCUCUUUUAUACCCACGUUUUGUAUUAUAAAUCAGUCAAAAUGCAAUCCAGAAUAUAUGAUAAUCCAAGUUACC